CCGCCGAUUGGCUCCGCAGCCCGGGGGGGACCGAUAAGGGCGGCUAUAAAAGAGCCCUGGGCUGCUCCUGGUCCCCCGACGAGCAGGAGCCGGAGGGGCCACGCGGAUCCUGCGCCACAUCCAGCACAUCCCGAGCUCGGCAGACUCCCCUUUCUCUCUCUUUUUUCCUCCCUCCCCGUGUCUCUCUCUCUCUGGCUGGGAGCGCGUAUCCAGAUCCACGUCUUUGCUCGAGCCGGAGUGGGAGAGGAGACACACACACACACACACACAGAACCACCAAAAAAAAAAAACAACACCCAAAAAAAACCCCCCACACUUAGCGGAAACUUGUCAGAGAAUGCUCCUAAAGUCUGGUUUUCUCCUGCUGCUGGUGAUCAGUGCAUCCGCAUCCUACGAAGCUGAGCAGAAUGACUCUGUGAGCCCCAGGAAGCCCAGGGUGGCAGCCCAGAACUCAGCAGAGGUGGUUCGGUGCCUGAACGGGGCCCUCCAGGUGGGCUGCGGCGCCUUCGCCUGCCUGGAGAACUCCACGUGCGACACGGACGGCAUGUACGACAUCUGCAAGUCCUUCCUCUACAGCGCUGCUAAAUUCGACACUCAGGGAAAAGCUUUUGUGAAGGAAAGCCUGAAGUGCAUUGCCAACGGGGUGACGUCCAAGGUGUUCCUGGCCAUCCGCAGGUGCUCCACGUUCCAGAGGAUGAUCUCCGAGGUGCAGGAGGAGUGCUACAGCAAGCUGGACAUGUGUGGCAUCGCCAAACGCAAUCCUGAGGCCAUCACUGAGGUGGUGCAGCUCCCAAACCAGUUCUCAAACAGAUACUACAACAAGCUGGUGAGGAGCCUGCUGGAGUGCGACGAGGACACGGUGAGCGCCAUCAAGGACAGCCUGAUGGAGAAGAUCGGGCCCAACAUGGCCAGCCUCUUCCACCUGCUGCAGGCCGACCACUGCGCCCAGGGCCACCCCCGCGCCGACCUCAGCAGGAGGAGGAUCUCGGAGCCCCAGAAGCUCAAGCUCUACUUCAGGAACCUGCGAGGUGAGGGCUCGGCCCCGGCCCACGCCAAGCGCGGCUUGGCCGAGAGCGCGUGA